CGUCCGAGCUCCCAGAGAGAGCCUAGAGGAACUGGUAUCCACCCAACCUAACUAACUUCCUCAAGUGUUGCAACUGGAAAAACGCAUUCUUUAUUUCCAGCCUCAAAAUACUCACCAGAGGGACUGUCUGUCAUCAAAUACUGUGGCAGAGAUUCCAAAACAGCAGAAAUGUGGUGACAUAUUAAGGAAGUUACUAAGAAAUAAUAGUCACAGCAGAGAACUCAAGAAAUGGUGCAAAGUGAUAAUCAAACCAAGAACCUUGAGGAGAUAAUUAUGGAGUUGUGCAUAUGUAAUGGAUUGUCUUAUGAGAACAUUGAUCAAGAGGGACUGAAAACAACUGCACUGGAGAUGUUCUUCUCAGGUUAUUCCAGAAUUGUAGGCAUGAAGUAUUUCCCCAAUCUAACUACUCUCAUACUCAUUGGACAAAGUAUUCAAAACAUUACAGAUCUGGAGCAUUGCUUAUUGCUCAAAGAGCUAUGGAUUGCUGAAUGUUGUUUAGUGAAAAUAGAUGGUCUACAAAAAUGUGUAAAUUUAGAAAAGCUUUACCUUUAUUGCAAUGAAAUUUCCAGGAUUGAAAAUCUGGAAGCUUUAACAAAACUGAGUGUACUCUGGCUGAAUAAUAACCUGAUCAAGAAUAUAGAGGGCUUACGUACUCUGCAGAAUUUGCAAGAGGUCAACCUUGCUGGAAACUUAAUAGAAAAAAUAGGAAGUUGCUUAGACUUCAAUAUACAAAUUGAAAUAUUAAACCUCUCUGGUAACAAAUUAUCUUCCUUCAAGGAACUCACUAGUUUGUCAAGACUACCUAAUUUAAAAGAUUUGGGCCUAAAUGAUCCUCAGUAUGGGCCCAACCCUGUUUGUCUUCUUUCUAAUUAUGCUAUCCAUGUGCUGUAUCAUAUACCACAGCUUCUAAGGUUCGAUACAUAUGAUGUUUCUCAAAAGCAUAUCAAGAUUCUGGCAGAGACCACAGUUAUGAAAAAAAUAAUGUACUAUCAUAUGCGUGUAAAAAGCGUUCACAGACAGCUCCAUGACAGUCUUGAGGAGCUAAAAGAAAGCAAAUGCAGACUGCAGAAUUUGCCAGAAAAGAAGAUAAAGUUGUUCAGCUGCAACAUAAAGCAUCUGGAACAUGAACUGGCCAAGCUGGAAAUGUUGGAUAAAACAUCAAGGAACAGAUCUCCAAGGAGUAAGGAUUUGGAAACUGAAAAUUCAGUUCAUGAUACUGAAGAUACAGAAAAGGCAUACCUUGAAAAGGCAUUCAUAAAAAAAAUAAGUGCCAUGAAGGAAAGAAUAACAUUCUGGAACAGAAAACUGGAUGAAAUUGAAAGAGAUUACCAAGUGGAAAUUAAGAAGAAGAAGAAGAGUUUUAACUUAGUAGUACAAUUUUUGUUGAUGGAAUUGGAAACAGUGGGAAACAUUCGCUUUGAAGAAGGCUUAUCAAAUAAUCCCUGGUUUAGUUCCUGCUGUGAACUAAUUCAAUCACGAUUUUGUACCUGGGACUUCAGAGCAUACAAUAUCAUGGGAGUGAAAAUAAACCGCAUCUUUAGAGUACACAAUCAAAUUCUGAGGCUGAAAUUUGAAGAGAAGUUUCAAACGUUUCUGGAAAAAGAAGUUUUCCAUGUAGCAGAAAACUACAAAGAGAAGAUGGAGUAUCUCUUCUAUGUAUUUAAUCCUAAAUUGCCAGUUAAGGAAAAGCAGCUGCUGCAAAUACUGGAGGAUGGUUUCCAGGAUCUGGAAGUACAUACGCAGCCUGAGAGAAAUGAAGCUGUUCCUCUUUGUAACAGUCUAAGCAUAUGUGAAUGUCCCAGAAUAGAGUUUCUGAAACAACAAGCCAAGGCUGAAGGCAAAAACAAGAGAGAUCCUGAGGAGUCAUUCAGGCAUGGGAUAGUGAUAAUUGCAAAAGUUUUCCUUGGCCGCAGUGCUCCAGUUUGUGCAGCAAGUCCCAUCUGUCAAAUCAACUACCCAGAAGCUAAUUCAGUAUUCAGGCCAUGGAAAUUCCUAGGAAGUGAUGCAUCUACUUCUAGUAAUGAACUGUGGGCUUCCUUGGAACAGAAAAGUUGUGACUGCAGCGGCUGGCAGUGCGAGUGGUUUGUAUUUGACCAUGAGCUGGUCCUGCCAGAAUACAUUGCUGAGUUUGAGUAUAUUACACUGGUCAAAGACAAAUCUCUGUUUUCCACAUGCAAUGUAAUUGUGGAAGAGGGAAAGAGAAGCACAGAAAUAUUUAUUCUGUCUCAUGAUUUGCAACAUGAUGAUGAAGUUUUGAACAUGGAACCAACAGUAAAAGUGAGGCCUAAGAUUGCUUACUUAGAUGAAAAAACAAUAUUUUCAGUGGCUAAGGUCAAUAUCUACAGUCAGGUACAGGUUUUGAAUUUGCACGGGAACAGCCUGAGUCAGCUGCAGAACAUCUCUAGACUUAAAACACUUCGAAAGCUUAUCAGCUUUAAUGAAUUUACUUCCUUAAAUGAUGUUUAUGACUUGCCCAACCUGGAGUAUUUUGAUGCAAGCCAUAACCAUGUGAUUACUCUUGAGGGCAUAAGAGGCUUAACCAAACUGCAGUGCUUCAACUUGAGCUGGAAUCAGCUGAAAAAAUCCUGGGAAGUUAUAAACAUUUUAAAUGAACACACUCCCAAUUUACUAAGUCUUGACAUCACACACAACCCAUGGUAUAAGCCAGCCUCUUUGCGGCUGAGUGUCAUUGGUCAAUUAAAAGCUCUCACUAACCUAAAUGGAGUCAUGAUUACUAAUGAAGAAGCUGCAGAAGCAUUACGCUAUAUUGCAGGAUCAAAGAUAACCCAGGCAUCGCUGUUGGAAUAUUCUAGGACUGAUGAAGAGAGACCCCCUAUUCUCAGCGUAUUUUCUUGUGCUACAAUUCUGUCUCAAAUCAGCAAAAACAAAGUGGAUUCACAGAUGCAUUAUAACAACUGGUAUUCAAUGAUUACUGUCUUAAAUCUGGAUGGCCAACAUCUCUUCAAAAUUUCAAACCUGGAAAAAUUGGAGCACUUAAGAUGGGCAUCAUUUAGCAACAACAAUCUCACACAAAUAGAAGGGCUAGACUCUUGUCUUAACCUCGAAGAACUCACUUUAGAUGAAAACUGUAUUUCAACACUGGAUGGAAUUUCAAAGCUCACCAAACUUACAAGACUUAGUGUAAAUAAUAACCAUCUUACCAGCCUCAAAAGACAUGUGUUUGAAAAUCUGUGUCAUCUUCAUUACAUUUCUGUUGAGAACAACAGGAUCACAUCUUUAGUUGGUUUAAAGAAAACCUACUCCCUAAUAGAACUAUACAUAAGCAAUAACUGUGUUUCUACCAACCAAGAGAUGUAUCAUUUAAAGGGUUUGACUAAUCUGAUAAUUUUGGACAUGAGUGGAAAUACAAUAUUCUGGAAACAAGAUAACUACCGACUAUUUGUAUUAUUCCAUCUUCCGUCUCUAAAAGCUUUAGAUGGUAUCAGAGUAGUAAGUUAUUCUGAGCCAACAGAAGGAGAAAGUGCUAGAGAUUUGUUUGGAGGCAAACUUACCUCUGAUAUGAUUGCAGACAGACUGGGUCAUUCAGACUUCACAGAAAUUCAAGAAUUAAAUUGGGCAACCUCUAAUAUCAGAGCCGUAGAGCUGGUGCCAGCAGAUCAGUUUAGAAAUGUCUACAGUGUAAAUUUACAGAACAAUGAUCUCACGUCUUUCAGUGGUUUAAUCUUCCUUCCUAAUGUCAAGGUAUUAUGUCUGAACUACAAUCAGAUUGAAUCGAUACUGCCUGGACAGAAGUCUCCAAAUCAGGUAACAAAUAGGCAGCACCUGUAUCGAAGGGUGGCCUCUAGUGGGUAUGGACAGCAAGAACUUGCCAAAGGAAGAAGGGAUGCAGGAUUUGGAGAAAACCUGCCUCCAAUAAUGCAGAGUUUGGAAGUUCUUCAUCUGGGUCAUAAUGGAAUUACUGAUAUGGCCCAGCUACAGCUUAGCAGGCUAAAAAACUUGAAGCUUCUGUUUUUGCAGGGAAAUUACAUCAGCCAAAUUAAAGGACUUGAAGGUCUCCAGUUUCUGCAGGAGUUGGUGCUGGACCAUAACCGCAUUAAAAUAAUUUCACGAGACUCCUUUGCUGGACAGAGUGGUCUUUUGGCUCUUCAUCUAGAGCAAAACCAAAUACGAGAACUGAAAAGUUUACAACCCUUGGUAAAAUUACAGAAACUCUUUCUGGACUUCAACAGAAUUCAGGAGUUAUCUGAACUAGAGAAACUUCAAGUUAUUCCCAGUCUCAAGGUGCUCUCAGUACGUGGAAAUCCAGUUUCUCUCAAGAAAAACUGUCGUUCACUGCUUGUGAUUCGACUGCCAGCGCUACAAGUGCUAGAUGGAACAGCAGUAAAUGCAGAAGAGAGGUUGAAAGCUGACUAUCAGCGCCUAGAACAAGAUUUCCAAGCUGCAAAUUCCCCAAAGGACUCUGGAUUUCCUGCAGUACCAGCAAAUUUUACAAGACAAACUCCUCUCAGAAUAGCAAAUGUGAAUCUGAAUGAAAACAUUAACCGUUUCUUUGACCCUGAUUUUACAUUUGGUCAUGAACUUGAAGAGCUUCUACCAAAUAAAUCAAAUAAAAGUAAGUCAAGGAACCCAAGAAUUACAACGUAUAAUCUUCAAAGCAUCUAUGUAGAAAGAACUCUUAGGCAAGCCAAAGGAGCAUCAACUAAUCUAAACCAUUUGGUGCAUCACAGUGCUACUUCUAAGACCAGCCAAAUGAAUCAGAGCAACAGAGAAAAUACCAGCAGGAAGCCAGCCAGUAGCCUCUCCUAGCUAAAUCAACCAUAAGAGUCAGUAGUAACUGUGAACAUGAGAGAAAUUACAGGAAAAUUCUUCCUCGGGAUUACUACGCAACCUUGAGUGGUGUUACAGAAGCGGCAUUUUGUACUUUCAUUUUAAUGCUGUGAUUGUGAAUGCAUAAUGAAUGAUAUGAAAUGUCAAUUAAGUAAUGAAAUUAUUUAAUUCAAUGAAGCAACCAUUUACACACAUGUAGAAUAUCUGGAUCCCUUGGGACACAGAGAUCCCUUUGUCUUGUUCUAACUCACACCGGUAUAAAUCAGGAGUCAACCUUCUGAAUUUAGACAGGAAGUCUGAAUUCAAUAUGAUUUCUUCAUAUUUGUACUGGAAAACUGCAUAGAGUCAGAUCUCCAUCUUUACUAUUUAGUGGGGUUUUCUUCUAAGAUCUUCAUAAUCUGAUUACUGUUCAAUUUUUACUAAACUGGGAAAAUAUCGUGGGUUACAGUACAGUGCACUUUCUUGAAAAGGUGAGGAACUAAAAAACAACAACAAAAUCAGUGUGUACCAUAUCAAGGUUUUGUGCUGGUAAAUUUACUGUGCAAAAUUUUGCUUUGCUGUUCAGAAAUAUGGUUUUAGACAAUUCCAAAAAUUGGUUAUAACAUAUGCCUUUACUAUACCUAUACAGCCUGUCUCAUAUAUAUACAUUUAUAUCUGUGUGUGUAUUUGUGCGUGUGCGUGCACUGAUGUAAGGAAAAGCAAUGGAAUUAUAUCUGAGUGUAAAUUAUGGACUUUAAUAUUGCAUCUUUUAGAAAAAAUGCAUUUCACUUUUCAGAUUAUUUUUAAAAAAUAUAAGAUUGCGCUGGUAUACAUGACAAAAUUAUAGACAUGUUAUAUAUUUGCUCAUUUCUAAUAAAAUUCUAACAAUUUUAAAAGUAA